AUGAUGGAGAGGAACGCCGAGUGUUCGGGUGUAUCGACACCGCACGACAUCGUGUCCGCUGGGAUCCCACCCGUGCGCGUACGUGCAACAUUCUUGCCCGAUGCAAAGAGGAAUGUCCACCCGAAGCGUGGAGAUUGCAAGAAACAGGGACGAAAGUUUUCGUCGCGGAAACCACUUCAAAGGGGGCAACUUGGCGCGGAGGGCGCGGAGGACCGGACCGAUUCUCCAGUUGAGUGUUCGGCACCAGAGACGUCUUCAGCCCGUGCAUCUAGCGCACCUAUCGCCGCUCUCCUCGCCAUAGCCAAGACUGCGGCCAUGACCGAAGAGGUGCCUCUGAAAGGCAUCAUCCUAGCGAACCGAAGAAGCGUCUUCCACAAAACUCGCCUCUGCUCCCGGCUCCGCGGAAACCGUGUGUUCUGUCCGUUGGGCGACAGCUGCACAUUCGCACAUUCAGAAAAGGAAUUGCGCCCUCCGCCGGUGCUCGACAGAACUAAGCUCUGCCCCAGCGUCCUCGGCAAGGGAGCCACGCCCUGUCCGGGAUUGGCACGCGGAGAGCCUUGCAGGUUCGCGCACUCCAAGGCCGAAAUUCGGCAUACAUCAAAUAUGUUCAAAACCAACAUGUGCCUCAAGUGGAACCGAGGCAAAUGCAAGGCGGGUGCUGACUGCAACCAUGCCCAUGGAGAGGAGGAGUUGCGCUUUUAUCGCUUUUUGGCUUACACCAAUGGCACGCGGGACUUCCGCAGCGAGGCGGAAGUUGGUGCGCUUCGCCUUGGCCGUGGAGAUGAGAAGUUGGUCGCGGUGAGCCCUUCUCACUCUCAUGCUCCGGCCUCAAGGGAUAGUCCCUCUGGCGCGGCACGCAAGGCACAAAAAAACGAGAGUGUAGUUUCGAGCCAGAAAACGCGACAGACUGGAUCACAGGGAGGGAAACGCCUCUCGGCGUCAACUUCAGGUGGAAGCGCGACCCAGUCGUUUUCUGAGGUGUCGACCGCUUUGCAGAAAUCUGCCUUCUCCAUGGGGAACAAAGGGAACGUGGAGUGUAACACAACAGAGGAAAUCACCAAGCACCCCGUUUCCGGCUCGCGCUUGCCUCUGGGGGCCGAUCAGAGUGAACAGCCACGGCGACUUUAUGAGACAGGCCAGGAGAGGAACAGGCAUUCGCGAAACCAGGGAGACUGUAUCCGCGCCCUCCUCUCUCUGGCGGCGUAUGCGCCUCAGCUCUUCCGUUCUCUCUUCGCUGAGCAAUCUGCUCCGGCAGCGGUGACGGAACUGAGGGCCCCAUCGGCGCCUCAGGUGUCGCGCGCGAGUUUCGCGCCCUUGACGACAGGUGUGGCCAGGGAGGGACCGAGGGGCGUCCCCUCUGUGAACAGAGAGAAUGUUGCCGCUUCCUGGCAGCACCUGCUUUCCUCAAUUCCACCGGCUCCUGGGCUCGAGUCCCGAGGUCCCGUGGAAGAGAGAGGUGAGACGAAGCUGCUUGAGGCUGCCCUCGCUGCGGCCCUCCGUCAGAGGCAAGACAAGCUGGAGAGUGUGCCGUCUGCAUGCUUUUCCGCGUUCUCCCGAGUGAGCGAUGAUGUCCACGCGGCGCGGCGCGAUGCUACCACCCUCCGUCGGACGUGUGCGUCCGGCCUCAUUGGCGGAAUGACAGGGAGCGCGUCACCGGAUUCGUCCUCGACGUGCGCAGGUGGUGACGACGGUUUUGAUCGCUUCGCGGGAUGCCUGCAGUUCGCGCCGGCCCUCUCGGAGGGCGGCACGACGCCCACCACCGUGAGCGCCAGCAGCUACUUCUCGCCGUCUCCUCUGCUUGCUGCUGGAUCCCAGUCGCCGGCGAGCUCCUACGAUUCGGUAGCGAGCGGCACUUACAUUUCUCCGCUGCCCUUCCCCGCGUCUGCGUUCUCCAACGGGGCCGGGCGCGAGCUGGGCUGGGAUGACAAAGUGUGUGGGUCCACGCAGGCGGUUCAGAAUCGAACUACGGGGUUCCGUCCAGUGGCGAGCAGCAUGGGGUUCGACGAGCGUAGCGAGCUGUACAGAAAGGAGGACUUUUCGUCGCAGACAGAGGGGAACGCGUCGCCGCUCGGCGGCCCUUUUUCCCCCCUGCAGUCGCUUCUGUCUGACCUGGAGUCGUUUCCCUCUCUCUACUCGACCGACGCUUCCAGUGGCAGCGAUGAGGUAGGAUGCGAUUCGUCCUUCCUUCUGCAAGACAUCGAGAAGCUCAACCGUGAUUUCUUGUGCGACGACGAGGAAAACGUGGCCGAGGACCAAAGCUGCACCACGAUGUCAACUGUGGGAAGCGUGCCCUCUAAGGGAGACGAGGCUAAGACGGCCUUGGGACAGGAGACAACUCCAGCGACUGGCAACCCCACCUUCCAAGACGCCUUCGCGCUGCUCCACAGCUUGGGACUCCUCGUGGAGCCGACAAAUUGA